AGGGGCGGGUUCGGCCGGGCCGCAGACGUAAGGCUUUAAAGCCGGAGUCGGGGUUGUCGACCGCAUCCCGGGACUUCUGCGACCUCCCAGCUGAGUCGCUGCAGGGUGCGCCUGCGCAGCGGCCGUCCAGGUUUUUGAACCAUGAAUUUGUCACUUGUGCUGGCGGCUUUUUGCUUGGGAAUAGCCUCAGCUAUUCCAAAACUUGAUCAGAAAUUCAAUGCACAGUGGGACCAGUGGAAGUCCACACACAGGAGAUUGUAUGGCACGAACGAAGAAGGAUGGAGGCGAGCGGUGUGGGAGAAGAACAUGAGAAUGAUCGAACUGCACAACGGGGAAUACAGUGAGGGAAAACACGGCUUCACCAUGGCCAUGAAUGCCUUUGGUGACAUGACCAGUGAAGAAUUCAAGCAGGUGAUGAAUGGCUUUCAACACCAGAAACACAAAAAGGGGAAAACAUAUCAGGAACCUCUGCUGCUUCAGCUCCCAAAAUCUGUGGAUUGGAGAAAGAAAGGCUAUGUGACUCCUGUGAAGAAUCAGGGACAGUGUGGUUCUUGCUGGGCUUUUAGUGCAACUGGGUCCCUGGAAGGACAGAUGUUCCGGAAAACUGGUCAACUAGUCUCCUUGAGUGAGCAGAACCUCGUGGACUGUUCUCAGCCUCAAGGCAAUCAGGGCUGCAAUGGUGGCCUGAUGGAUUUUGCCUUUGAGUAUGUUAAGGAAAAUAAAGGCCUGGAGUCAGAGAAAUCCUAUCCAUAUGAAGGAAAGGAUGGAAGCUGUAGGUACAAGCCAGAGCUUUCUGCAGCUAAUGACACUGGAUUUGUGGACAUCCCUCAGCGGGAGAAGGCCCUCAUGAAAGCAGUGGCGGAAAAAGGCCCCAUCUCUGUGGCUGUAGAUGCAGGCCUUAUGUCCUUCCAGUUCUAUAAAGAUGGCAUUUAUUUUGAUCCAGAAUGCAGCAGCAAGGACCUGAAUCAUGGUGUGCUGGUGGUUGGCUAUGGUUAUGAAGAAGUAGAUACAGAGAAGAAUGAAUAUUGGCUUGUCAAGAACAGCUGGGGUCCAGAAUGGGGUGCAGAAGGUUAUAUAAAAAUAGCCAGAAACAGGAACAACCACUGUGGCAUUGCCACUGCGGCCAGCUAUCCCAGUACAUGAGCUGAUGGACUACGGUGGCGGAGGACUGAGGACAGCAUGUCUGGAGGAAUUUUACCUGAGCACUGACCGAACCCUUAUUGUGUAAGACAAAACACUUGAAUCAUUGAGGAUUCAAUUUGUGAUUUGAAUUCUGUGACAUUUUUACAAGGGUAAAAGGUUACCAUUGUUUUAACUACUGUUAUAUAAACAGCUGUAUAAUAUUGAGAAUUCAUUGCUUAA